CGGAGCAGCAGCUGAGGAUGGAGCAGAGAGGGAGAACCGCCACCGCUGUGUCACAUCGCGGUCAAACAUCUCUGAAAAAUCCCUUCUACAACUAAAGGACCUGCCUUUAAUUUACACCCAGGCUGCGGCUUCUUUCUCUCUCUCUUUUCCUAUUAAUUUCGCCGCUGACAUCUGCGCCCGUGUCCACUUCACCCAUCCGUCUGUCAACACACCGGCUUCGGCUGUCUGUCAGCGAGGAAAGCAAAGACAAUCCCGUUGAAAGACACUCGGGAAAAAUACGUUUUCCGCGAGGUUCCGGCCGGACACACCUUCUGCCGGACUACCCUGCUACCUCUGCUACAAUCAAUAUGGAUGAAGACAAUCACGUUCCUGAGGAUCUGUCCCUGGAGGAGAGGGAUGAAUUGUCAAACAUCCGACGCAGGAAGAGAGAGCUGCUCGAUGAUAUUGAGAGGUUGAAGUUUGAGAUAGCGGAGGUCAUGACAGAGAUCGAGCAGCUGACGUGCGUUGGAGAAAGUAAAACGUCCCAGAGAAACAAACAGAUCGCCAUGGGCAGGAAGAAAUUCAACAUGGAUCCAAAGAAGGGAAUCCAGUUCCUGCUGGAGAACGACCUCCUCCAGCACACUCCUGAAGACAUAGCCCAGUUCCUCUACAAAGGCGAGGGCCUCAACAAGACCGUCAUCGGGGACUACUUGGGCGAGAGGGACGACUUCAACAUCAAGGUGCUGCAGGCUUUUGUGGAGCUGCAUGAGUUUGCAGACCUCAACCUUGUCCAAGCUCUACGGCAGUUCCUGUGGAGUUUCCGUUUGCCAGGUGAAGCCCAGAAGAUUGACCGUAUGAUGGAGGCAUUUGCCUCGCGAUACUGUCAGUGCAAUCCCGGAGUCUUCCAGUCGACAGAUACCUGCUACGUGCUGUCAUUCGCUAUCAUCAUGCUGAACACCAGCCUACAUAACCCUAACGUCAGAGACAAGCCCCCUGUGGAGCGCUUUAUCUCCAUGAACAGGGGCAUCAAUGAGGGUGGAGAUCUGCCGGAGGAGCUUCUCAGGAACCUUUACGACAGCAUCAAAAAUGAGCCCUUCAAAAUCCCAGAGGAUGAUGGGAAUGAUCUGACGCACACAUUCUUCAACCCCGACAGAGAAGGCUGGCUCUUAAAGCUCGGCGGCAGGGUGAAGACGUGGAAGAGGCGGUGGUUUAUUCUGACUGACAACUGCCUCUAUUACUUUGAAUACACAACAGAUAAAGAGCCUCGUGGGAUUAUACCUCUGGAAAACCUCAGUAUCAGAGAGGUGGACGAGCCCAGGAAACCUAACUGCUUCGAGCUCUACAACCCCAACCACAAAGGUCAGGUGAUCAAGGCCUGCAAGACCGAGGCGGAUGGGCGGGUGGUCGAGGGCAACCACGUAGUGUACAGGAUAUCGGCCCCCACGCCGGAGGAGAAGGAGGAGUGGAUCAAAUCCAUCAAAGCAAGCAUCAGCAGGGAUCCUUUCUACGACAUGCUGGCCACCAGGAAGCGGAGGAUAGCUAAUAAGAAAUGAUGACUGUCCACCUGCAUCGCUGCCAUGUCUGUGACCAGCAGAGUCCACAUAUGUGUGGGUGUUACAGGGUUACAGUCCCAUUUGUUUUUUUUCAGGGUUGGAAGAGAAGCAGCAAACACAGGUGGGAGGUUUUUCGAACUGGAAUGGAUUAUUUCCACCUGAAGAUUGUCUGCACCUCAAUUCUCGGUUGAUGUGAUGGUUUUACUUUAUCCGGCACAGACUUUGAACACUCAUUUGCCAUUUGUCUGAGACUUCAUGGAGAAGAGGGAGAAUCUUUAUCAAACUGGAUGAUAACAAAUGGACAAAAAGGACUAGUUUUCUGGAGGAACAGCCACGACUGGAAUCAUACUGUGGCUGUGAUGACACUGCCCUCUGCUGGACACAGAAGGAAUUAAAUCCACUGUACUGCACAUGCGGUGUGAGGAUUUGAAACCUGAAUAUCCAUCCUCAUCAUAUGGCACUCCUCUCAUCCAGACUGACUCGCCUGGUUGGUUGUCUGCAGUCUGCCAAGAUGCCAGUCAACAUUUUUAAUAUGUUCACCUCACACGCCCUUUGACAACUGCAAACACCAACACUAUUUAGCAGUAUCCAGAAACUGAAGAAAGCCUAAAGCUUAUACAUCAGCUGGUCUGAUUAUUAGCCCUCAAGUGACUGUUUCUGUAUAUGCAAACAGAGUUAUUCUAGACAAUGAACCUUUUUUAUUUACAGUACGCUCCCUUAUUUCCCAUUUCAAGGCAAAUAAAUAUGUAAUCCUUACAUAUAUUGAGUGUAAUGAUCGUUUUUAGUGGCCACAGUUUCAUUCAGUUUAUGUAUUGAAGAUCAACCUCUCUGAUCGAGUUCAUUUCUUUUGUAUUUAUUUUCUUGAUUUGUUUAACAAGAGGCAGCCCCCCGAUUUACAUUAUGCAUGUAUAGUAUAUAAUGUACAUACUGUUUAGUUUUUCUUUGUUGUGUUUAUGUAGCAUGUAAAUCAUAACGGCCAUAGCCUAUACCCGUUCACCUUUUUAGUUUUUUAAGUUGACAGUUUACAAUAGUGGAAGAGGGACUUUGUGCAGCUCUUUGCAGAGCAGUGAAACCUCCUCACACUGUUAUUACUGAAGAGCAGAUAAUACAUGACCUUCUAGGAAAGAAAAACUCACUAUGCUGAGUUUGACAAGACAGUAGAGGACACAAACGGGUUCAAAAUACCCUUGAAUACCGUGUAAAUGGUGACUGGAAUCUGAGGGACUGUUUUUCCCAAACAGAUCAAGCCAACUCGCAGCCUAAUAUUUCAUUAGUAGAUGGACUUUAAACAUGACUUGAUCUCAGUUUGGGAAAUGGCUCCUGAAUACUUUGAUGAAGACUUUGAAUAAAAAUACAUGCUGAUCAGAAAA